UAUUUUAAAAAUGGCACAGUGCAUCGCUCGCUCGGUAUCCGUAGCGUGUGUGAGACCGUGCAGCCGUCAGUAACCGCCGCAGUCUGAGUGAUUAUGUCGAUAGUAGCGGCUCGCACUGUUGCGUCGGCACACUGACGCCGGCAACAUGAACGCACGCACUAUCGCGUUCGAACUGUCGAUGGAGGGCAGGCAGGUGGACGAGGUGGUCGCUUGCAUCUUCCACACGGUGCUGUUCCACCGCUCCAGCGGCAAGUUCACCUACAACAACGAGGAGAGCUACUCCAUCCGCACCGUCAGCUACGUCGACGUGGACUGCGACUUCAUCGACUUCACGUACGUGUGCUGCGAGUCCGAGGCGCUCGGGCGCAGCGUGCGGCGCGAGAUCUCCGACUUCUCGUCGCUGCUCCGCGGCGCCGACGCGGGCUCGGCUCGCGGCUCCAUCAGCCUGGAGUUCUUCCAGCGCCGCCGGGCUCGCUGGCCCUUCCAGCCCGAGUGCGUGCCGUGGGAGGUGUGGACCGUCUACUGCGAGCUGGCCGAGGCCCGCGCCGACCACGACAUGCACGCCAAGCACGAGAACGUCGUCGAGAUGCUGCAGGACAAGAUCGUCUUCAUCACCGAGAUCAUCAAUCGGCACGAGUACGUGCCAAAGAUGCCGAGCCGGUCGGACGCCGACCUCAUCUUCGACACGUCGUACUCGGACAUCCAGCCGUACCUGUUCAAGAUCCACUACAACCUGUCGGGCGCGCCGCCCACGUCGGUGGGCAACACCGUGCGCAAGCUCAUCCGCGACACGCUGUCCUUGUGAUGCUCGCUGUGCCGCCACCCCGCCGCCCGCCUGCUGCGACAUACCGACGCCUGGAUGUCACACACAUAACACCAAUUUUUAUAAUCUUUUGAAAUAAACUAAAUUAUAUUCGAGUAGAUGGCAGCGCCAUCGCGCAACGCGGUACAUAUUAUUUUACUAAAGAUAUAAAAUUGAAAAUGAGUGAUUUAUUUUUACUACGGACAUGUGUAGUGUAUAUAAUAAUCAUAAUGAUGAAUGAAUUGUUUAAAAUUGAAACUAUUGAAACUGUAUUUUACAUUUUGACAAUACAUAACAUCUGAAUUUAACAUAACUGUGUCAUUUAUUGUACUUAUGCUUUGUUUGUUGCACAAACGUGUGUCGUAGUUAUCGUUGCAAUCAAUGUUUUGUGUAACUUUAAUUACUAUAUAUCAGCUUUAUUACUGACUGUUAGCUUAUACUAAACUCUUUUGUGUUACAUAAUCGUUUAGGGCUCUAUGUCUAUUAGAAAUUCCAGCUUGACUAAAUUAUAAUGGUUGAGGUCGUUAAUAUUAGUUACAGUAUAACUGAGUAUCGAGCGCCUGGCUCAUAUACUCCGGAGCCGGGAUAAGUCGAGAACUUGCUAGACGUCGUAUUUACUAAAUAAUCUUUUCAUGUAAUGGAACAUUUUGUCUGUUGUAAUGUUAGUUUUAACUUUAGUUAUAAUGUCAGAGCUAUGACUCGGAAGGCUGGUUGAUGUGUCCAUUCAUUUCGUCGUUUAUUUAAGCUUUGGAUUCGUCUGUUUAUUACUAAGGCUUUUUUAGAACGGUUUCUCAAGCACUCGGAGGAGUUUGAUGUAGAAAUAAUAGUUACCUAGAAAUUUUAUUGUGUAGUUAUAGAUAGUUUUUUUUUUAUGUAUUGUCAUAAAACACAUGAGUUUAUGUUAAUGAGGUGGCACUAAAUCGUUUUAUUCUUGACUACUAAAGUACUAAUGCUUCUAAGUUAAGUCAAACACUUCGAGUCACACUGUACUCUUUUAGUAUAGUCAUUUGACUAUUCACUUAUAUUUAAAUGAUCGCUUUGUGAUAUUGCCGAGAAUAAUUCAGAAAUAUUUAAAAAUGUAAAAAAGUAUAUUAAUUUUUGAUUACGCGUGUGAAUCUAGAGAAGAUUGAAAUAUAAUUAUUAUAUAAUAGAUAUUACUUAAGUAGUUAUAUAUUGUCAGUAAUUUUUAUGGAUGUGUAUUAUAAAUAUUGUAAAUAGCAUUGAUAGUGGUCACUUGAGUUAUUCGAAUAGUUGAACCGGUUUGUUGAGAGAGCUUUAUCGGUAUAGAAUGUACUAGAUGAUCAGUGAUUGUUCUAUGUAUUAUGUAAAAAUAUUAGGGUAGGCGCGGUGCGUGGAAUAUCUCACUCAUGUAGUGUUAAGUGAUGGUGAGGUGAAUUAUCAAAUUUUAUUGUAAUGUCAUUUUAUUAUCACCUUUUUCAAAUAUUUGCGAUCUUUUUACUUUCACGACGCUAUGGUUACGAAGUCUUUAUUUAUUGUAGCGCGACUCGCGGAUCGUCGUGAAAGUAAAGCUUAUUGAAUCCAUGACUUUCAACAGAACAUAUUUUAGGAUAACUUUAUUCUCUACAGCAGUUGAGCGUCAUUAUAUUAUGUAUGUUUUACGCCAGAGUCAUUUUGCUUUUAGUUUUUGUUUUCUAGAGGACUAUGAACUGAGUCCAUCCAUACAAUUCUGAUUUACUGUCCUACCUCAUUUUGUGACUCUAGCUUUAGUGUAUCAAGUCUCUAGCCCUAUCUUAUCACACUUGUACCUAUUACAAAAUAUUUAUCAGAAUUGUUUUGUCACCAAAGAUGAGGCUGUACAUGCUUUACGAUCUUAUAAUUCAAAUUCUUUUAAAUAUUUUCCUAAAUAUGCUAAAAGAUAACCUGUUUAUGUGCAAUGUUGGUAUUGUAAAUAAUGAAUUUUAAAAAAUAUCAGCAAUGCAUGUAUUACAAUAUCUUUUACUCAAAGAUUUUUAUGAUAUCCAUUUGUAAUUUCAUAUCAGUAAGUACCUUAAAGUUUUAAUGAUUUCAAAAUGUUUACAUACAAAAACCCUGGUGAUAACGACAAUAUAUUUUAUUCUAUUGAUACCUUGACGGUGUGCCUCGUAAUAGUGUUAGUGUGGUAUGUCGAGCACAUUGUAAAGUAAUAUAUCAUUGCACUCUCGCUAUGGCCUUAUUUGAAAAUGAUGUUUUAGAACUAUAAAAUUCACGAAUCGCGUGUAAUAACGGCUGUUACAUAUUAGAGUUUAUGAUAAAUGAAACAGGAAGUAUAUAUGUUGUGAUGUAUAAGUUCAAAAAAAAUAAGCUAAAAUCUUAGUCUUGUGAUAUAAUUUAUAUAUAAGUGAAUAAAUGACGAAGUAUU